CAGCAAUUCAUUAAUCAGUGUGCGACCGAAAAAUUGGGAAAAAUGGGAAAAACUUUGUGGGGCGGUCCGAAACAAUUCAUAUUGUCAAAAUUGAAUUUCAUAUUUGUAUUGUCCAUUAAUUUUUGUGAAAAUAAUUUGGAAAAAUCCUGAUAACUGUCCAAAAGUGUGCGUAUUGCAUAUCAAAAUGUUCAUAAAUUGGAGGAGAUGACGAAUAGGAAGUCCAAUUCCGAAAAUAAUAAUUAUUAAAGAAGUUCGCUUUCCGCCCAAAAAUUACAAUAGCCGCUGUGUUUUCCAAUUGUUCACGGUAAAAACCAUCUUUCAAAUUUUUCCCUUUUUUCCCUUCUGUCCUAGAAGAAUAAUAGUUUAAAAAACGAAAUCCGGAUCAUCACACAACAAAAGAGCACCCACGGGUGACGACUUAUCUCGAACUUAUUGACAGUGUACAUAAUAUAGCGUUUCCUUUCUGAAAUCCGAAUAAUGAAGGAUGUUAACUAUUCUGCUCCCCCUAUUCUACAGUGUCCGAUCUGUGGAUGCUUUACAUCCUCCGAAGGAUGCAAAUGUGUGAGAAGAGUGGUUGAUCAUAAUUAGUAUAUAAGUAUUUACACAAAUUGACCAAACUUCAACGUGUCGUAAUUUUAAGUCAUGUAACAUGUUGUCGAGGUACCUGACGUGGUCAAUUUUUUGAUUGAUCUGGAUGAUCCAUUUCUAUUCUCGCGCAGCGAUCGACUCGCAGACUGCCUUAAAAUACCAAAUUAUAUGUAUCAAUCAUGGCUUGAUUUGCUCACAACCCAUUCCCUGUUCACCCGACGUUACCUUAUCUUCAACAUAAUCUCGUUUUGGGUUCACAAAAACUUCAAGUGCACCGUGGAUGAUUUGAAGAAUGCGUUUCUACAAUUGCAUGGGAAAUAUUUAGCAGGACAACUAGAAGCCAAAUUUACCCUUAAGACCGUAAUCAUUCACACAUUUGGAAAUAAUAAGGCUAAGAAAAUUUCCAUAGUUGAAGAUGAACCAUUUAAACGACCAAAUUCAACACCGGGACUACCAUUUUACGGAAGACGCCCAGAAUUGGUCCAACUGGAGGAAUCUUUCACAAAUUGUAAGCUUCAAUCGCAAUACGUCUACAUUACCGGACCACCCGCAAUUGGCAAGUCCGAAUUAAUUUGUAAAUUCAUGACGUCAAAAUGUCGCCCUAAUUGUGUAGCAUAUUCUUGGAUUGAUUGCGAAAAUGGGGUAUUUUCUUAAUAUCAAUUAUACUAUAAUUUAAUUCGUCACAACUCUGGCGAAAAUAUGACCUCCACCGAUACCGGGGUGAAAGCUGAAUCGGAACGAAUUGUGGGUGAAAUUAUUUCACAAAAAUAUUGGGUUUGCAUUUUAGACAAUGUGUCCCUCCGCACGCAUGAUUUGGAACAGUUCUUAUACGAUUUUUACAAUUUUAGCAAAACCUUGAUCGUAAUUAAUAGUCGACGUGGUAAUUUACUUAGUAUAAAUGCAAGGAAUUUGAGCCACGUAAAUUUAUCUGGGCUAUAUUUCCCAGAUUUUGAAGAAAUUCUGCCUGACAAUAUUUCCAAAGAAGUGUGCCACCUAUUACAUGGCCACCCUUUAGCUUUGCAUCAUUUUGUAUCUUUUGCCAAUACGCGAUAUCCAAAUUGGGUUAAUUUUAAUGAUCGAAUUACACAAAGUAUUACCCUUUACAAGGACAAUCCCUUGGAAAUUUUGGAAUCAAAAUUAUUCCCAAAUUUCCCAGCGGCCUGUGAGAGUUCCGUAAUUUCUAAAUUUUCCAAAGUCCUGUCCCAAAUAAUACCAGAAAUUAAGUAUACUCGAAAAGUUGCGAAUUUGAUUUUACUCCUCUCUCGCUCUGGUAGGUGUGGGAUUUCGAUGAAAAUAUUGCUGAAAGUUCAGACCAUGAUAGGAUUUAAGAUGGACGGAAGAAUGUUAAAGUUAAUUGAGAAAUUUGAGAGUCAGUCGGUGAUUAUGAGACAAAAUGGUAAUUUAGUAGUGCAUCCGAUAUUCAUUCUCGUACUGGAACGAGAGGUUCGAGAGCGAUGUAUUUACUUGGAGUUAGAGAAAGUAAAAAAUUUCGAUGUUAUCUUUGAGCCGGAUGAGACAAGGGAGUUGGAGAGGUUGGGAUUGUCAAAUAUUUUAGGAGAUGAUAGACAAGAUCAAGAAAUAGUGUGUGAGGGUUGUGAUUAUUUAAGUUAUGUAUACAUGUUCCUUAACAUUUCUUCAAUGUGUUGGUAUCUUUAUGUUUUUAUUCCGUUCGACAUCUUGUGUAAAUUGGUAUCACGAUUAUAGUACUACGUACUGUUUUACAUAUACAUUAAAGUGAAUUGAAUAAAUAAGUAUUGACUAACAAUAAUCAAAC